GCGUGGUGUUCGUGAAAAUUGCACCGAAAAUCUUAUGAAAAUACGUUCGGAUAAGUGUUAAAAGUAAAACGUAUUUCGUAUAAAAAGCUAUUAAAAAAAUAGUUGAGUUCGUUGUAAUAAAAAAAAAUCCGUUUACAGUUUGUGAAACUCAUAUCAAGAAGGACAUUCAUUUGUCCGACAAACAGCGGCAUGCCGUGGACGGCGUGAGAUGGACGGUAUUCAGAUGGAGCCAAUCGGCAAAUACAAGGCCGAUAGAAACGGAUCUGCCAAGGCAGCUGCCUGGCGUAACAUGGUGGACCAAGAUUUAGACGAUGUUGCAUUUCUGGCUGACACAGACAAGGCCCGCGAGGCGCGAGAGCUACGCGAAGCACCAGUGGCGGUGUGCUCGCAGCGACGCGCCCUCUGCCUCGCCGCCCUCGUCUUCUCCGCCAUGUUCGCCACUGCACUACUAGUAGUGUACGCCACGCCACAACCUGACUGCCCGUGUGCGGAAGACAGUCCACUUGUACCUAGAAAACCGCCAUCUGACUCGGAUGCCAACGCUGCCGCUGCCAAUAAGGAACGUAUCGCAAGCAACGGCGCUGUGUUCCCGUGGCGCGGCGCCCGCUUACCCACUUUCGUUAUACCGAAACACUACAGUUUGUGGUUACAUCCAAACCUCACUACUGGCGAGUUAAGAGGGGAAGUGUCCAUAGACUUCAAAGUAGACCGCGACACCACCUUCGUGGUGCUCAAUGUAAGAGACAUGAAUGUGACUGAACGCGCUCUGUUCAAGAGUGGAGGCUCCUUGGGACCCAAGGUGGUGAAGACUCUGGACUAUCCGCCGGCUGAUCAGACCUACAUCGAGUUCAAGGAAAAACUUCGUCGCAAAUACAAUUACACGCUGAGCCUCCGAUUCAUCACCAAAUUGGUGAGGAACGACAAACAGAGAGGGUUCUUUUUGACGGGCAGCCAUAAGCACCGCUGUGCUGUUUCUCGGUUCUGGCUGACGCACGCUCGCUCAGCGUUCCCGUGCUUGGACGAGCCGCAUCUCAGGGCUACCUUCAAACUCACCAUUGUCAGAGACAGAUUCCACGUGUCCUUGACGAAUAUGCCAAUCAUGGCGACGGAGGAGGCUGGCUUUUAUUUGGGACAUAGAUUGCUGCAAGACGAAUUCGUCCAGUCUCCACCGAUGGCGCCGCACAUGAUGUCAGUGGCCGUUUGCCGGCUGCAGCGCCGCGCCGCACCCCCUCCUCCCGCUGAGCUCGCCUACAACGACACCGACACGACCACUAUGCCGGACACGACGGCCGCGGUGACCACGGAACCAGACGAUGACUACGCACUGCCACCGCCCGAGAUCAGCUUGUACAGCGAUCAGCAAGUGAUCCUGGACGAGUCUGGGCCCCUUUUGGAUUGGGUUCAGAAGACGAUUCAACACUUCGCAUACGAAUUAAACACAUCAUACCCUCUUCCUAAAUUUGAUAUCGUGGUAGUUGAAGGCGGUAACGCAUACUCCGAAGGUUGGGGCCUCAUCACCCUAGCACCAUCCACGUUGUCCGAUACCAAAACCAUCGCGAGACUGUUAGCACAGCAGUGGUUCGGAGGUCUCGUAUCACCGCGCUGGUGGAGCUCCCAGUGGCUGAUGGAGGCGCUGACGUCAGUCCUGGCGGAGAAGGCGCCCCCAUUAGGAGAGGUCGCUGCUGAACGUCAACUGGACGCGCUGCUGCUAGACCAUGUGCUGCCAGCUUUGAGAUUGGACUCUAGCAACUCGGUUCGCGCGGUAGCAUCCCCGAGGUUGGACAGGGCUGACAUUGAAGCCGCCACGGAUGACCUCUCCCUACAUAAGGGGGCAGCCAUAGUGAGUAUGGCGGUGGAGGCUGCAGGCGAGGAGGCCGGCCGGGCUGCACUUGCUCGUUUAUUGAGACACCACCGCGCCGCCAGCGCAGACGCAAGGGACUUAUGGCGAGCCCUGGAGCGGGACGACGGCUCGGACGGUGCUGGUGGUGGUAGUGGUGCUGGUGGCAGUGGUAGCGGUGCUGGCGCGGCGUGGGACGGCUGGUGCGAGCGCGCCGGCUACCCGCUGGUGCAGGCGGCCGCCGCCGGACACGACGUGCGCCUGCGACAGGCGAGGUUUGUGAUGUCAGCUGAUCCUCCGGAGCUGGAGCCGCCGAUGGUGACCGAUCUCCUCACCCAGGACCUCAGAGCUGACCUGGACCAACUGUUCUACGAGCCGGAAAAUAUAACAGAAUCAACAGAGGACGAGAACAGUACAACCACAACACCAGCACCGACCACCAAGCGACCAACCACAGUCAAACCUAGCGGCACCACCGCCCCCCCGCCCCGGUGGACCAUCCCCCUCACUUUCGUAGUGGGCCCCCUCCUCCCAGUCGAGGAAUCUGACAACAUCACCAAAGUAUGGAAGAACGUUACCGAAGCGGUUCAGAAUACCACGUGGUACGAUUUAGGUAAUGAGACCAAACCGGUGAGGACUUCGCGAUGGGCUGAAAAUGUCACUCAUCUUAUUUGGAUGAACGAAACUGAAAUGGUGAUCCCGGACCUGGGCCGGCACAAGUGGGUCCGCUACAACGUGGGCGCGCGCGGCCUGUACCGGGUCGCGCCGCACUCCGCCGACGGCGAGGGGGGAGAGACAGAAGAAGAAGCAGCGAAGCGCGCUGCAGAACUAUACGACAGUGGUGCACCAGCGGAACGAGCGCUGCUUCUAGACGACGCUUUCGUCCUGAGCCGAGCUGGUAGACUGCCGGCAAGUAGGGCUAUAGCAGCCGCCACGCGACUCAGUGCAGAAACGCACUGGGCUCCCUGGCGGGUUGUUCUCAACCACCUCUCCUGGUGGAGAGAACUUCUCAGGUUCGGAUCAUCUGGACCUCACCUCAACAAGUUACUGAGCAGCAUACAUCCACCGAAUGUGAAGAUAUACACCGUUAAAGAGAUAGAGAGUGCAAAACUUAGCGAGGACGAAUUAUGGCUCAGUGGCGCCCUCUUGACCGCUGGCGUAGAGUGGGAGAAUCCCAAAGUGACCAAACAGGCCCUAAAGUUAUUCGACGCUUGGCUCAAUUUGAAUCAGACGAUACCGGAAAUAUAUCAAGAGGCGGCGUUCACGGCGGGCGUACGCGGCGGCGGCGCGGGCGCGUGGGCGGCGUGCUGGCGCGCGCUGGCGGCGUCGAGCGCGGCGCCGCGCCCGCUGCACUCGCACGCCGCGCUGCUCGCCGCGCUCGCCGCGCCCGCCGACGACUGGCUCUUCACCAGGUUCGCGUGGACGGCGCUGUCCCGUGAGGCGAGGCGCGGCCGAGAGUGGCGCGUGUGGGCCACGGCGCUACUCGCCGCUGCUUGCAGAUGGCGCGGCAGCAGUGGCGUGUGGCGCAUAGUAGGCCCUGCGGCAGUAGAAGUACUUCCGCCGUCAGCACUCCUCGCCGCAGCUAGAUGUCUUCAUCAGCCUCGCGACUACCAUCACUUGAAAGCCCUGUACGGUUCGACGCGAGGGGGCGCUGCGGCGUUGGACAUGGUAGCGCUGAACGCAGCCUGGGUGCCGCGGGCCGAUGCUGAUCUCAAGAGGUACUUCGCGAUACUGGGGCACUAGGGCUGCCACAAAACAAAUUAUUACUUCCUAUCUACGCACAGAACGAAAAACUAGAAUUAUUUUUAGCAUAAGUAGAUGAAGAUCGAUAUUAUGUAUAUCAAAUUAAUCAUUUAAGUAUUGUAUUAUUUUGUCUCGACUAUGUCUUCAUUGAUUCUUAAUCAAUUUUGAUGAUUGUUUUUACAAAUGAUUUGGUUUACUUCUGUAUUGGUCACAUUCUAAUUAUAUCAUGUUUUAAAACACAUAAUAAAAGACUAUAUAUUUGUAAAAAACAAUUAACAAAUUUAUAGUUUUUUUUAUAUAUAUAUAUAUAUAACAUAAGAGCCAAACAAGCAUGUCACUCACCUGAUAGUGAGUGAUUAUCGCCACCUAUAGACACCAUCCCACUACAUUGAAGAAAUUGCAGGUGCGUUUGGCAUUUUAGAAAGUAUUAUGCUAUUAAUUUCUGUUAUAUGUUAACUUUAUAAAUUUUUUUUAUAUUUUUUAGUUUUUUGUUCUGUAUAUUCUAAUCAUAUUUCAUUAUCAUUACAUCAUCUAAUCAAUGCGUCCCAUAUUCUAACUAGGUGUAUAGAAAAUCUGUAACAUUCUGCUAGAAAUUGUAUUUAUUAAGUGUUAAUAUCAUAUAAUAUUAUCUCAGGCAACGUGAUAACAUGUACGACUUUAAACAGACGUCACUUUUUGGUCAUUUUACGACCUUAAU